AAAGAAAAAGAAACAACUAUCUAAUGAAGAAAAUAUUCCCCUCUUUAUCCAAGGUCAAUUAGUAUUGAAAUCCUCUAGAAACAGUUCCGUACCGAUUUUCUCUUCUCUCAUAAUAAUAAUAAAAUUACUAAAUCUCGCUCGGCGCUCCCCAAUUCCAAACUGGUUGUAGGUUACAGAUUCAGCUAUAUCCACUUGAAUUUGCAAUUGUUUGUAAUUUGUCGGGGUACUGUACAAAUUGAUGGCUGCCAGCGCGAAUCCUCCGGCGGGUAAUAAUAGUGGUCAAGAAGGCAACGGCAAUGGGAAUGGCGCCACCACUAAUGGUCUCUCCGUUCCGGAAAACUCUGUGGUUGGCCCCACACAGGCGGCUCUACGACACAAUCCCGGCCUUUCUGUUGAUUGGACUCCUGACGAACAGUCCCUCCUUGAAGAAUUGCUCGCCAAAUAUGCAACAGAAAGCAACAUAUCUAGGUAUGCAAAAAUUGCAAUGCAGUUAAAAGACAAGACUGUUCGAGAUGUAGCACUGAGAUGUAGAUGGAUGUCUAAAAAGGAGAUUGGAAAGCGAAGAAAAGAUGAUCAUAACUCACGGAAAAAUAAAGACAAAAAGGAAAAGGUCACUGAUUCUAUGCCAAAAUCUUCUCAUGUGGCUAAUCGUGCAAAUGGUCCUCCCUAUGCUCAAUCUGUUAUGUCAAUGGACAGUGAUGACGGAAUUUCCUACAAAGCCAUUGGUGGUACCACUGGACAGCUUCUUGAGCAAAACGCUCAGGCAUUGGAUCAAAUAUCUGCAAAUUUUACUGUUUUUAAGAUCCAAGAAAACAUUAACCUUUUCACUCAAGCUCGAAACAAUAUCUUCACCAUCUUAAAUGACUUGAACGAUAUGCCAGAAAUAAUGAAGCAGAUGCCACCCCUCCCUGUAAAGCUAAAUGACGAACUUGCGAGCUUAAUCCUUCCACCUCGACCACCGUUGCCAAAUAAAUCAUGAGAUCCAUGAGGCUUGGGGAUACUGUAGAUGCUUCUAUCAGUUUACUGAAGAAUAAUAAACUAGUCAAGGUUAUUCCUGUGGAAAUAUGCAUCAAUAUUAGCUCCUUUUGGCUUGUUAGGACUCCAUUUGCUCAUCUUAGUUAAUAUCUAGUUUUGUGAUUUGCUGUUGAUUUACUUAAGUAGGUAGUUGAGCUAGCAUGUAAAUAUAGUUAGUGUAGGAGGGAUUCUUGUUUCUGUAAAUCAAUGGAUGCAAAUAAGUUCAGAUCCUAUGCUUUUGCUGCAAACUUGCAAUACACCAUUGCUAUGGACUAUUCAAAUUCUUUCCCUUUCAUAUGAGACAAGAAAUUGGAUAA